GGAACGGCGAAAUACAGCCGCGUGGAAAAUGCCAGUCCCGGAAUGACGUCAUCGCCCCAGCCUCGUUCUGAACCCACUCCCCAGUUCCAAAAGUUCCAAACAAGAUGGCGGGUGGUGGCCAGCGGAAAACAUCGUCAGGAGGCAAAAUCAGAAAACCGCGGAAAAAACAGCGUUUUUCUGCACUUAAUGCACUCUCGCAUGCUAAACGGGGAGUAGGGAAAGGUUCCAGAAGCCGGACAUUCGUGCCACCAGUCGGAUAUACCGUCACAGCUUACGAGAAAAGCCAAGUUAUGACUACGCCAGGAAAGCACAGAUACAGAAGCGUGGAUAGCGCAGCCGAAACAGUGCGGGAAAGGGGUUUCAAUAAGAGCUUGAUCUUCGAGACCUCAUCCGAGGAGGACCAGCCGUCAACAUCAGCAAACACGGAGAGCACUCCAUGUGAGCCAACCACUAGUAGUCCUCUGUCCGAGGAAACACUGGAUACAUCCGCCAGCACCUGGAAGGCAAUGGCAAAAUCCAUGUUCAUCGCAUAUGGUGACUCUGUGGGAUACUUGAUUGAUCAGGUAAAUGCAAAAAGAAACUGUUCGACAAAGGGAUGCAACGGUAUUUUGGUACCUUGGAAAACAGAACGAGUUGGCUUGGGAGGCAACCUGAGGGCUGUCUUCAUGUGCACUGGCUGCAAAGGUGGGGGUGUAACGUUUGAUGCCUCCACAUAUUUGCGAGAAGAGAAGAGACAGGUUGCUGGGCAUUCUUUGGCCCUCUCUUUCAUUUUGAAUGGGAACACGUACGAGAAAUAUAACCAGGCUCUACACCUCGGUCUUGGUAUCCCCAUCUUUUCCUUCAACACAUAUUACAACAUACUCAGCAAGGCCUAUCCACACGUCCACAACAUCCUAGAUGUACAGAUGAAGAAAGCCCGGGCCAAUAUGAAGGAGAUGGACCCAACUAAAGUAGGUAGCUGGAAGAGAGCUGUAACAUCCGGUGAUGGCGUCUAUCAUACGCGUGGGCAUCACAGUAAGAACAUGUCGGUGCUUCUCGUGGACUACUGUGAAAAUGCGCUUCUUGCAGCAGUCCAUCUCUGCAUGAGGGGUAAAGACGUCACCACAGCAGACAGCGUACCCCUGUUUCCAGGAACCUCAAAGUCAGCCGAAGGGUAUGGCUUCGAGCUUAUAUGGGAAGAACUGAAACACGAAGGCAUGGAAGUAGAAGUCCAUUGGCAGGACGCCGACAGUACAAGCGAGAAAUCCUUUAAAAAGUUCUUCUCGAAGUCCAAGGUCAUGUACUGUGGUGGCCACGUGGGCAGGGCCCACGGAAAGCAGCUGGAGAAACUGGCAUCCAUGAAAACGUUCUCUAAGGGCUACAAACAGAGACAUAGUACGUACGAACUGGACAAGCUAAAAUGUGUUUGCAUCAAUAAACACCACUCUGCAACCUGCGGUUGCAUCCGCCCUAACAUGAUCAAGCAAGCAAAGAUCAAUCACUUCGCAGCUCUGGUGCAAAGUGGAACAGAUGCUGCACUAUAUGCAAAGAGGAUGCGAGCCCUUGGACAACAUCAUGCAAGGAACAUUCACGAGUGGAAAGAUGGCAGCUGUGACUUCCACGGAAAGAAGAGGUGCUCAUGCAAGAAGUGUGACCCACUAGAUGUGCAGUGUACCGGUGAGAUGUACAAAACGUCCCAUCCUCUCACCUGCCCCAUGCACAGUAUGGCCUACGAAAUAGAAUGUGAAGAGCGAGCGGCAAAAGCAAAGGAUGUGAUCCAUCCAGAAAUGGGUCGAGGCCACUCGAACUAUCCCGAGGCCAGGAACAACGUCCUGAUCAGGUACAGGUCCAAAAGCAUAUCCCUGAACAGGCUAGCCUAUUGCCUUUGGACAGAUGUUGGCCUCUUACAAGGCAAUAUGUCGUGGUGCUUCAGGGAGUUCGGCCCUGCCUAUCACUGGAUCGUUGAGGUUUACAGAGCUAUGGAGCUUCCUGUACCAGAG